AUGGAGGAAGGGAUGGAGGGAUGGAAAGAGGGAGAAAGGGAUGGAAGGAGGGAUACAGGGAGACAGGGAUGGAAGGAGGUGGAAAGGGAUCGAGAGAGGGAUGGAGGGAUAGAAAGAGGAAGAAAGGGAUGGAGGGAGAGAGGGAGGGAUGGAGAAAGGGAUGGAGGAAGGGAAAUAGGGCGAAAGGGAGGGAAGGAGGGAUGGAGGGAUGGAAAUAGGGAUAAAGGAAUGGAGACACGGAUAGAAAAAAGGAAGAAAGGGAUUGAAGGAGGGAGAAAGGUAUUGUGGGAGGGGUGGUUCGAGGACAGGAUGGAGGGAGGGUUGGAGGGUCACAAAGCACAAUUACGACUUAUAGUAAUAUAA